GGCUUUGUAGAAAGGGACUUCUCUCGUACUCCCUUCAACUUACUGAGUCAGUGAAUGUCCACUCGAUAAGUCACUGGGGGUUUGGCAUCCCGCAGGCUCAUCGGGCAGGCGAGGCUUCUAGCUGUGCAAAGAUAUUUACAGUCUGAAGUUAUGGACACGGGAAAGAUGGAAAGACGAUAAAUAAGACAUCUGCUCAGAGGUGCACGUUGAUUUCGUAAUGACAAGCUGCUGUGCAGAAGAUGUCCACGCUGUCUGUGACUGAUAUCCCAGAUGUUGGUCAUGAUGAACGUAAGGUGUUCGAUGGGGCCUCGGAGCUGCAGCUGGACUGCAUUGUUGAGGAGAGCGGUGGAGCUGCCGCAGUGAAGCACGAUGGCCUGCUGUCACUGGCUGACCUCUCCCAGCCAGAUGACUUCCCCACCCCCCCUCAUAACGGCCCUUCACUGACAGACAUGAGCAGCCCUGUGCCAGUAGAACCAAAUAAUAUCAAGCUGGACCCAGCUGCAGGUGACGGCGCUGCCAGCGUAGACGGUCAGCCUGUCAAGAGAAAGAAGGGGCCAGCUCCCAAAAUGCUGGGCAAUGAGGUGUGCAGCGUCUGCGGCGACAAGGCCUCCGGCUUCCAUUACAACGUGCUGAGCUGCGAGGGCUGCAAGGGCUUCUUUCGACGCAGCGUCAUUAAAAGCGCCCAGUACGCAUGCAAGAACAACGGCCGCUGUGAAAUGGACAUGUACAUGCGCCGCAAGUGCCAGCAGUGCCGCCUGCGCAAGUGUCGGGAGGCCGGCAUGCUGGAGCAGUGUGUGCUCUCUGAAGAACAAAUCAGACUGAAGAAGAUGAAGAAGCAGCAGGAGGAGGAAACUGCACACACAUCCACCGUGGUGACCCCCACCCCUCCACCGGAAGCAGCUGCACUGGAUCCACAGCAGCAGGAGAUGAUUGAGAAGCUGGUGGCCAUGCAGAAGCAAUGCAACAAGAGGUCCUUCCUGGACCGGCCCAAAGUCACACCGUGGCCGCAGAGUCAGGACCUGCAGAACAGAGAGGUGCGUCAGCAGCGCUUCGCCCACUUCACUGAGCUAGCAAUCAUGUCAGUGCAGGAGAUUGUGGAUUUUGCGAAGCAGCUUCCUGGAUUCCUGGAGCUCACGAGAGAAGACCAGAUUGCUCUACUGAAGACAUCGACUAUUGAGAUUAUGCUGCUUGAGACGUCUCGGCGAUAUAACCCUGCAAUUGAUAGCAUCACCUUUCUUAAGGACUUUAGCUACAACAAGGAGGAUUUUGCCAAAGCAGGUCUUCAGUUUGAGUUCAUUAACCCCAUCUUUGAGUUUUCUAAAGGAAUGAAUGACCUGCAUCUCGAUGAGGCUGAAUAUGCUUUGCUUAUAGCCAUCAACAUAUUUUCUGCAGAUCGACCAAACGUGCAGGAUCAUGACCUGGUGGAAAGGCUGCAGCAGCCCUAUGUGGACGCACUGCGCUCUUACAUCAUGAUCAAGAGACCAAAUGAUCAUCUGAUGUUCCCCCGCAUGCUGAUGAAGCUGGUGAGCCUUCGGACAUUAAGCAGUGUACACUCGGAGCAGGUGUUUGCGCUUCGCCUCCAGGACAAGAAGCUUCCUCCACUGCUCUCUGAAAUCUGGGACGUUAAUGAGUGAAUGGCGACCUGAUGUCACACUCCAUGGCUUAAUGAGGCCCGAGGCAGAGCACGACAUCCAGGAGGAACCCCGGCUCCUCUCUGCUCCCCUGAUCAGUUUUUGUUCAUAGCGUUGAGAUUUUCUUUUCUUGUGGGAGGACGGCGUGGUGGCCCUUUGCUCACAGACUGCUAACUGGUGUUGUGUUUAUAGGGAUGAACAUGAAACCUAAUUGUUUUGUUUAUAUUUUUUGUGUAGAUGCUGACGUUGUUGUGGCGAUAUUGAUAUUAACCAGCAUCAGGCUUUUGAGCCGUUUAAUAUUUUGAGGUUAUUUCAGUGUCUGGCAUACUUGUAUAUUCAUUGUCUAACAAUUCAAAGCAAAACUCUGGCAGGUCUUGGCUUCUCACCUCAGAAGAACAGCCUGACAUUGUGAUACGACAACCGUUUGUUCCUCUGAGGGUAAAUAAAGACGUCACAAGGUAGUAAUUGCUCAGGUAAAGUAAUGUGAAGUCGACCACUGGGAACUGGAGACUUUUUCAACUUCUGUCAGAUUAGUUUUCUUUUAAUUGCAGAAGGGACCCUUCUGGUCAUACAGUUACUCAAAUUCUCAUGUCAAGUUUCUAUUUAUUUGAAAGGAAAUGUACAACGUUCACCCAUAAAAAGAAUCCUCAAGAUUGUACAAUCGCAUACGAAGGCACAAGGAAGUGGAACCGUGCAGGUGAAGAAGUAGACGAGACUGUGUCUGAACACGCAGCAUCGGUACAAAGACGCACGCGGUACUGACAUGCUCAAAUUCAAGACCCGGCACAUGUAUUCAUAAAGCAAUGAAAUUACUGCUUCUGUUAACACCCGAUAUGAUGAUGUAUAUGUGAGAUGUACUUUUAUUUGUUUCAUUACUUUGCAGUACAGCUAUUUUCACAAUUUUAAUUUAGUGAACUUUUUCGCUAGCUUUUAAAGGUUUGAGAAAUGUAACAUACGUAUACUGUAGAUUGAACAUUGCAUUAAAUGUCUCAGCCUUUUAUUUUUGAUAAAAUACUGUAUGAAUAUACACUGAGGAAAUGUAAAGCUGAAUAUACAGCAACAAACUAACUUGAUGUAAAGGUCUGCCAUAGUCCGAGAAGCUUCCUUCCAGUAGGUAGCCAUUUAAAAUGAACAGCUUUAAGCGGUCAGAUUUAGGAAAACCUUGAUAAGAAAUAUACCAAAUUCUAUAUAAUAAGCAGAAAACAAGUAGUAAUUGUUAGUUUAAAUUCUAUUAAGCCUGUUUUUGUUCAUGUCGUGUUCCAUUCUCCGCCGUGUGCUGUAGGUGGAUAAACACAUUCAUCCUCAUGAGCUUCAUUGUCUCGAUGCUGCAUGAAACAGGCUGAACGCUGAACAAUGUGAUGUCACUAAUGUAGAAAUGCUCCAACAGCCAUUUCAGCUUUUCAAUUAAUAAAAGGACCUUGCUAUUGAUUCCAGAUAGAUUUGACCCUAACCAUGGAUUAUAAUAGCUCUAAUGUUUUGAAUUUCAACAUUAGACCUGGGAUGUCUGUGCUUUUUGUACUGUGACAUAUAUAUUUUUAUAUGUGUGUCUCUGAAACCCACUUUUGCCAGAUCACCUGUACAAGCCACUAACACUAGUCUGCUUUCACUAAGAGCUGACAUGGUGAGCUGACUUCCCAUGUUCUAAUUGUGUUAUGGUGGAUUAAACUGAUUCCAGACAACA